AUGAGCGGUAACGAGUUGCAACGCGGUGCCAACUCGAGAUCGGCAGGCUGGCAGCUCUGCCUUCACAAACUUCGGCUGCGUCCAGAAGUCUCUCGUCUUGCACGCACACAAAGGGUUGAAAUCCAGUGCGGAUACGAGGGAAACCAACGCAAAUUCCAGAAGCAUUGGCGCGGCGUCCGGCAUUGUUCACGGUGGGGCACGGAUACCGACCAAGGCAAGGGUACCGGUACCAUCGACACUAUCGUCAUAUCCAACGCGAAGAGCGAAUCUUGCUUUGUGUCAUUCGCCUUCAGGAACAAACUAUCGGGCAAUGGGCCUCCCUUUAUCCCAUCCAUAAUGCGUGGAGCUCUAAUCGGCCUGGUCGUGGGCCUUUCAUCACACCGCCAAAUCGGGCAAAGCACGAAUGAAAAAGGCUCCCCCUCGGAAGUCUGGGGUAAAGCCGCAGGUUUGCUCAGGGGCAAGGUCAAGACGGGAUCGACGCCAGAGAACUAUCAUCAUACAAACCACGAACUACACACGACAGUCUCCACAACAAACACCUACCUACCCAUCAGCUCCCACUACAACAAACACAAGCCUCUUCCUUCAGAGAUCAUCAUCCUCAUCCUCAUCAUCAUCAUCAUCAUCAUCAUGCCUGCUCUUCCAUUCAACUCAUCCACUACCUCGUCACCUUCUGCUUCUCCUACUUUGUCGCCUUCAUCGCCUACGCCGUCCAUAGUUCUCCAUCCCGCAUCGGGCGCUGCACCAAAACUGGAGCUACAUAAGCCCAAAGAGGAUCCUGCCGCAGCGUAUCGUCUACGCUACGCGCAGUACCUCGCGGCCACAUUUGGCUUCUCGUUGCAAGCCGCGUUGGCCGAGGCAGACACCCAAUUGGCUCCCCGCCGAACCUCAUCGUCGAGUCAAUCCGAGGCUGAGUCGUUACGAGAGAUCUAG